AUGGCAGAGAUAGGUCUGUACAACCUUAAAUCAGGAUCAGACAACGGCUAUAAGUCAGCCAUCGACCAAAUUUUAACAGGUCUUCCAGGAACGGUGGCGUACUUAGAUGACGUUUUAGUGGCGGCUCGCUCUAAGGAAGAGGGGCUUGCCCGUCUGGCGCAGGUGCUGCAACGCCUUGAUGAGUUUGGUGUUCGAACUGAUCAUCAGCCGUUGACGGCUAUUUUUGGCUCUAAAAAGGGCGUUCCUAGUAUGGCGGCAGCUAGGCUGCAGAGAUGGGCCUUGAUUCUAUCAGCAUAUGAUUUGGAGGUUAGGUACCGGAAGGGAGUGGAUGUCCCUCACGCUGAUGCGUUGUCUAGGUUACCCUUAGCAGAAGCGGAACCUAUAGAGCUGGAGGCUAAUUUUGUUUCACAUGUAGAUGUGUGUACAGAAGUGAUGAACAAUUUCUGUGUUGUCAAGGACAUUGCACCUAUUACUGCCUUGCAUAUAGGUAAAAUGACGGAUAAGGAUCCGAUUCUUUCGAAGGUCCGAGAUUUUGUGAUGUACGGCUGGACGAGCUCUGUUGAGCCGGAACUAGCUAUUUUUCUAAGGAAGAAGGACGAGUUGUCCGUGGAACAAGGUUGUUUGCUGUGGGGUUCUCGUGUAGUGAUUCCAAAGAAACUGUAUUCAUCUGUGCUUCAAAUGUUGCAUGAUCAACACCCGGGAGUUACGCGCAUGAAGAUGCUGGCGAGAAGUUAUGUCUGGUGGCCAGGCAUGGAAAAGUCGAUUGAGGACGUAGUGGCUUCUUGUUCUGCUUGUCAGUUAACUAGGAAUUCGGUACCUAAAGUACCGUUGCAGCAAUGGCCUACAACAUCAACCCGAUGGCAGAGGAUACACAUUGACUUUGCGGAGGAUCCAGAGUCGAGACAGCAACUUUUAGUUUUGAUUGACACAUACUCUAAAUGGUUAGAGGUAUUUAUCAUGAGUUCCAUGAAUUCUUCCAAGGUUAUUGAGAAACUCCGUACCUUGUUUUCAUCGUAUGGAUUGCCUGUCGAACUGGUGUCGGACAACGGAAGAUCUUUUACUAGUCAAGAGUUCAAAACCUUUUUGCAUAACAACAAUGUGAAGUUCACAUUAACUCCCCCGUAUCAUGCGGCUUCAAAUGGAUCUGCUGAGAGAAGUGUUCAGGAGGUCAAGAAAAACCUUUUGCGUCAAGUGAUUGAGGAACAUCAGCGUUCUCAGCGUACCACUCUUCAAAUGAAAUUAGAUAAUUUCUUGUUUGCGUACCGCAACACUCCAAAUACAGUUACUGGCUUAACCCCUGCAGAAAUGUUCCUGUCUUGGAAGCCUCGUACUCAGUUGGUUAUGUUAAAACCCAAUCUCCAGUCAUCCAUUGAUCAAAAACACAGGGAACAAAAAGAUGCAGCUGAUAGGCUUAGGGGAAGAAGUAGAUUUUUCUCAGAAGGUCAGGCAGUCUAUGUCAAAACUGUCCGAAAUGAAAAGAUAUCUUGGGUUCCUGGCAAAAUAAUUCUAAAGAGAAGUCCGGUCACCUAUCUGGUGAGUGUUAUUGGUGGAAAACCCCGAUUUUGUCAUGCGGAUCACUUGAGAGCUCGGUAUGCAGAAGAGGAGGAGAUUUUUGUAUCACCCAAGGAUCCCGCUGUAUCACCCCAAGUACCCAAGAAUUCACCCCCGCCGGAGGAUCGACCAUCUAGUCCCCUGAUGAUGUCACCUGUACCUAGGCCUACUACCAGUCCCAGGGAGAGCCUAGGGCAAGCCCAGCCUCAGCCAACUCCUGCGUCGCCGCUAGCACAGUGCAGCCCACCACCCUCGCUGAGGAAGUCUGCACGGACUGUGCGAAAGCCUCACAGGCUGGACUUGUAA